GGAAACUCAAAGUGUAUCAGUUGAAGGCAUAUUUGUUAGCGCUCAACUUUCACCACCUGCCUUACGAAAAGACUCACAGUCCUACCAGGCACCUUCUGGUUGGAACAUUUUUCGUCCAUUCGCUAAACAAAUACUAUCAUAAACCAAAUGCGACAUGCACCUUAACAAUGCAGAUGAGGCCACGGAAGCCGAGUCAUCGGGGUCGCAGCCAGUCGUCGCUGCAUGGACGGGAGCGGCAUCGCAACUUUGCACGGCAGCAAGCUGCCGCAGCCCCACACCAAGCACUUCACCCCUGUCUGAACCUGCGGCAGAAGCUCUCGGUCUCGCGAGCAACAUGCAACCUCCGUGCCUAACGGUUAAUCGAAUUGACCCGGUCGGCAUGCCUAGCGCUGACGACGCCACCGCCAGCUCUCCAUCUCUCAAUGCACAAGACGUCACUCUCACCCCAACCAGCAAGGAGGCCUCACCAGCUUCCCACAACAGCAUAACCAUCCUACAUGCUUCCUCGGCAGCCCAACAGGGUACAGCUACACAACAAUUCGGCCACGCACCCUUGGGGCCAAAGCUCGCCCCGGCAGAUCCCUACACCCCAGCGGAUGACGCGUCUGCUACAUCUCAGUCCAGCUCCGCCAGCACAGCAGCGCACAUAAAGUCCUUUGGAGCUAGGGCCGCGCCCUCCCUGGUAGCCUCCUCAGUCCCAACCUCAACCGCACAGCCGCAGGAACCGCCCGGGCAGGGCGCGGGCAGCCUGCCCGUCAAGCGACUGCUGGGUAUCGCGCCAUGCACCCUGUCUCCCGCAACUCUGGGACUGUGUCCCAAGUCAGGGAAGGGCUUGUCAAUCACUGCCUCCGCUGCCACGGCCCCUGAGGGCGCGGAGGGGUCCAGCACCGGCACGGGUCCCGCACGUGCGGCUAGCGGGACCAGGCAGGCGCCGGCGCGUGCGCCCACCUCGGGAGCGACCUCGCUGACGUGGCGCUCCGUCAAGGUGGUGCAGUGUGGGCUGGCGGGCAGCAGCGGCUCUGCGCUGGUGCCGGCAUCCCGCUGUUUCCCCAUGGCAGACCCGCAGUACGAUGAGACGCGGGAGCCGGAGGCGGCCAACCUAGCCGCCAAGUACGGCGGCCUGUGGCUGCGUGCGGCGCUGCCGUACCGGCUGCAGGGGCGGCGCCACCCGCUGAUGAUGUGUCUGCUGCGCCACGUGGACGGCAGCCUGAGCCUGGUGCAUGCGCAGGACAUACGGCCGCUGCAGGGCGGCUGCCCGCUCUACGUGCGCAACGAGGCCCACCUGGCCUCGCUGCACCCGCAGCUGCCGCCCCACCUGCACUACCUGCCCGCCAACAUGCACGACUGGGGCACCGCGGAGCCGCGCUACGUGACAGCGCACUUCGCGGCGCCGGGGCGGCUGUACGUGCUGCUGCCGGAGGGAACCGCGGAACCCAGGUGGCUGCGGGAGGGGUUCUUCAAGCUGCGGGAGCCGCUGUACGGCAUCAAGGUCCGCCUGCCCGCGCUGUGGCACAUGAGCGCCCUGACCUCGCUGGCCUACCGCAUCCUCAACCCCGCGCACCGGCGGCCCAGCGAGGAGCACCUGCUGGUCUACAAGUCUAAGCGGCUCUACCGGGCGGGCGAGGUGGUGUACCUGGGCGGCCUGCCCACCGCACACCUCACGGACGCCAUGUACGUGGUGUGCGCCGGACUGGAGGAGCCGGGGGAGCGUGCCUCCCAGUCCUCGGCGCCGGCGCUGCUGCCCUCGCUGACUGCGAGCAUCAGCGACUGGGGCGUGUGGCAGGCGCGCAUGAUCAAGUCCAUUCGCCGCAACCGGCUGGAGGAGGUGUGCGCGCUGCUGCAGUCAGACGCCUGGACGCAGCGCGCCAUCCGCUCCGACCCGCUCAGCUGGCUGCCGGCGGGCGAGCUGGCGUCCAGCCCGCCCGGCUCCUCGCCGCUCACCUCGGACCUGGUGCUGGGGUCGGGCAACGUGCGGCUGCUGGCGCUGCUGGUGACGCAGUGCCACUGCCAGCUGAGCGCGCGGGGGCUGCGGCUGCUGGUGCGCAAGUGGGAGGAGGUGCCGGCGGCACAGGGGGGAGCACUGGAGGUGCUGCUGGGCUACGUACGGCGCUGCCCCCGGCCGCUGGGCACGGUGGCGGUGGUGCUGGCGACGUUGCGGUGGGAGGUGAAGGUGCGUGACCGGUCGCGGUCCAGCAGCACGCUGGAGCUGCGGGCGGUGCUGCGGCGCUUCCAGGAGCUGCAGACAGCCCUGCUGCAGUCUCUUGCCGACGCGGCCCGCAGCCAGGGCCUGGAGGGCGGCGGCGCGGCCAGUCUGAGCUGGCUGGCGGGCGUGCUGGACCCGCCCCGCCACCCGCCCCCGCUGGCGCUGUCGGACUACAGCCCGCUGCGCAUCGCCUUCGAGGACCGCGACCUGGGCUUCAUGGCUACAUCCGUCACGGAGGCCUACACGCGGCAGAAGUGGCUGGGCGAGGCCUUCCUGUCCCUCACCACCCGCGACGGCUCGCGCGAGCUCACCCCCCUGGACCCGCUGGUGCUGCACACCGUGCUUUUGCGCAUGGGGCUGGUGGAGGAGGGGCCGCUGGCAGCUGCGCUUGAGCGGGUGAUGCAGCUGUGGUUCUUGUGCUGCGUGGUGCCGGGGGCCUUCUGCGGCAGCCCGCGCGGGCGCUGGUGGAUGCGGGUGGUGGCGAGCCUGGCCUUCAUCAUCAUAUACAACAUGAUCCUAACCACGGACCCGACGACCAACCUGUGGUGUGCACUGAUGCUGAUCACCGCCUUCUGCGUGUUCCUGGUGGGCUCGCUGGUGGAGGCGGUGGAGACGGUGGCAGUGGCCUACAAGGGCAGCGUCACGAGGUUCGCCAAGGCCAACCCGCUGGAGUUCCUGUUCCUGCUGUGCGACGCGCUGCUGCUGGCCCUCACCACCGUGUACGCUCUGAGGAUCACCGGCAGGUGUCCGAUGGACGACCGGCUCUUCCUGAAGUUCGUGUUCGUGUGGGCCUCCAUGUCCAUCUUCAUCUACACCAAGCUGCUGUACACCCUGGUGCCCCUGUUCCAGCGGCUGGGUCCGCUGCUGCACACCGUGACCAACAUGGCGUCCGAGCUGGCGGCCUUCCUGCUGCCCUUCAUCAUCCUCACCACCGGCUUCGCAAGCACCUUCUCGCUGGUGUACGGCUGGGCGGGCACCGGCGACCUGAGCACCUUCGGGGACGCCAUGCUGAUGCUGUUCCAGGCGUUCCUGGGCAACUUCGACAUGACCCGCUGGGACGACUCGCCGCUGCCCGAGUUCCGCAACUUCGGCAUCGCCAUGAUGUGCAUCUACCUGGUGGUGGCGGGCAUACUGCUGUCCAACCUGCUCAUAGCCAUCAUCACCUACAAGUACCGGCCGCAUGAAGUGGCCGCGCAGUCGGUGUUCGGGCUGGCGGAGGUGGUGGACCGCCACAAGAUGCAGGUCGACGGCGCCAUGCUGUGCAGCCCCUACUGCCUGCUGCAGGCGCCCUUCAACCUGCUGCCCAGCGGCACCCGCCCCGCCAUCCUGCCGUACAGCUUCCUGCGCCUGGGCAUCACGCCGCUGGAGGGCUUCCGACCCGCCGCACCGCACCUGGACUCCGUACCCACUGGCCGGGCCGCCGUACCGCAGCUGCUGUUCCACCUGACGCUUCACCCCGUGAUGCUGGGCGUCAUGAACGCCGGCUUCUACCUGCUCAGCCCGCUUCUGGUGCUGAACUUUACGUUAACGGGACACAAGCGAGUGUGGGACAUCGUUUGGUCGGGCGCCAGGGACGGUCGCAAAGCCACCGCCGCGCCGGCAACUGCAAAAGGCGGCGGCAGCAACAGCGGCGGUGGGAGUAACAGGAGUGACGGCGCUGGCAGUUCGGUGAACGGCGGCUUGCCUUCGGAGAGUGGCAAUUCGCGGCAGCCGCAGCGAAGCGGCAGCGGUGUUGCAGGCGGUGCAACCAUGUCGAGGAGUGUGUCAGGCUUCUCCAACAACAGCGGCAGCAGCAGCAAUGAGAGCAAGCUGUCCGGGAGCUUUGACGGCGACCCGCUGGGAGCCACGGGCGUGUUGAGCGGGCGAGCUGGGGACCCCUGGCAGCACGUGGGAAGCUACUGCACGCUGAAGGGCCUCCUAGCUCUAUGCGCCCUGCUGGGUCGCAUGGCGGUGGCCUUCCUGCUGGGGUUGCUGCUGUGCUACGGCGCGGUGGGGCUGCUGCUGAUCUCGGGAGGCGGCCUCUACAUGUGGGCAAUCAGCACGCUGCUCAGCGCCCUUAACGUGGCAUACGAACCGCUCAAGCGAGCCGCGGACUCCGCUGCAUGCGGCUGGCGGCACUUCACGGCUUGGCGGGCGGGGCGAGGGCGGUGGAGGUGCGCAGUCGUGGCAGACCGGGAGUGCGACCUGGCAGCAGCAGCAGCAGCAGCAGCAGCGGCGGCGGCGGCGGCGGCUUGUGAGGAGGAUGAGGAGGCGGUCAAGGGGGAUGUUGGGAGUGGCCAUGGAGGCAAGCAGGUGGGGGGGCCGCAGGAGGGGCAGUCGCAGCCGCAGCCGCGGCGGGCCCUCACGUCGGCGCAGGUGGCGCAUCGCUGGAGCGAGCUGGCCAAGGCAGUUCGGCGGCGCACCGCCGCCAGGUACCUCACGCAGCAGCAGGUGGACAGCGCGGUGGAGCGGGUGUUCGGACACCGCCAGCAGCCCGCAGCCGGGACCGCAGCACCCGCCGCGACCUCCGCUGAGACCGCUGGAGGCGCCUCCGCUGCAGCAGCCCAGAACCCACACCUCUACGGCGCCACCAUCGCCGCUGCCACCACCUCCACCACCACCUCCGAACCUGCCACCCAAGCCCUGCUCCCCAGCGCACCUGCGCUGUCGCUCGCAGGCCCUGCGGAGCCCGCCAGCGUGCACCGCCUCCACACGCGGCACCUGAACGUUCUGGAAGCCGAGCAGAAGGAGGCGGCACAGGAUCUGGUGACGCUAGGCCGGGAGGUUGGGUUGGCGUCGAGUGCAGGAGCAGGAGGAGCGGUGCGAGGAGCGGUGCUCCUGCCGGCUGGUGGUGAAGGCGGGGCCGCGGAUGCGGUGGGUGCAGCCAGCGGUGCCAUGCAUGCAGACUGGAGCUCGCUGGCAGCCGCGAUGACCGCACCACUGGGGGCUCAGCUGCGGGAGAUCCAGGAGGUGCUGUGUCGCCAGCUGCAGCAGCAGGCGCAGGAGGUACGGCAGCUGCGGGAGGAGGUGGACGUGCUGAGGAGGAGCCUGAACGACGUCGGACAUGUCAGCCCUCCGUCACGUGAGGAGCACCUGGCCCAACAGCAGCCACCCGCUCGGUGAUGACGUGCGGGACGGGGGUUCCUCGGAUGGGGGAAGAGCGGCAGGUCUGUGUCCACUUUGGGGGCACUUGGCUGGUUGGCCCUGUAGGAGCCAUGUGGCGCAAGGCGAGGAGGUUUUUGUAAGGGUUUUGUAUGGUGUUAGCCUGCGUUCACAGGUUGGCUUUUGGGCGGCAUUUGGGUUUUCGUGCGUGAUGCCGCUGGGACGGCGGGGCGUAACGAACACAGCUAACAUGUCAAUGCUCGUAAUGGUGACGAAACUGCUGAUGGUAACGAAUUUGAUGAUCUUUGGGGCGCCGUCCCAAACUUUGCUCGCGACUGUACUGCACCUUGCUUGCAUGGUGACCACAUGAAGGGGACACUGUAGCUCGUCAAGCAGUUGUAGGAGAGGACACGCGUGCUGGCAUGCAUGUACUGUAUUAUCGUACGAACCUACUCGAUGCCUUGAACCCUAAUAGACAUGCUGGUAGGUAUGCAUACCGUAUGUAGGCACCUGGUCUACUAGCCCUCAAAAGGGAGCGUUGGCGCGUGCAGAUCUUGAUGUUCUAAUCUGUUAAGCGCGGCUAAGCUAACGGGGAGAUGUGUUAUAGGCGCCCGUUUGGUGUACAACCGGGGCUUGGCGGAAGAGCUGAGCAUUCUCUGUGGAUGUCGAGUAAAUCGAGGGGCUGCGCUGCUCACCGGCAGCUGUUGCGCAUGUGUAAACAGGUGCACGCACCAGGACGCGUACCGUAUGUACAUUGUACAUUGCGUCCGUUCCAGGCACAGUCGUGCUGGGCCGUCUUGGCAUCCAAUGGGGCCAUUGGAGUUGUACGCUCAACCAACACUCCUCACUGGCUACCGGUGCCCAACACACCAGGACUUAGCUGCUGGCUGCCUGACCGGAAAUCGUGGUCUAUUGGUGUGGGGCUCGCGUACUAGCGGGUAUUUUGUCGGAUAUUGCAUGUCCUCAUUAAAUCAACGGCUUCGUACGCCUUGCUGCU